CGUACCUAAUCCAUCUCUCCUCCCCCAUGACUAGAAAUCCUGUGGUUAAAAUAACACAGCCUCUAUUCAGAGCACAAACUUAGAGCUGCUAGCAGGAGCAGGCUUGGGAUUUAAACAACUCUCAGCAGAUGAGUCUGUUCAAGGGUCUUUUUCGGGUUUGUUUUUCACCCUACUUCUGAUCCAUGAAAGGAAACCAGGCUCUCUCCUCUGGGCAAGCAAGUGAUGGGUCCAGCUGGAAAGAGCUUUCUGAUGGCACAGCUGUGAGUGAAACCAGCAAAACAUGUUCAGUGUCGAGGACCUCCUGAUUUCUCAUGGAUACAAAUUGUCAAGAAAUCCCCCUGUUUCAUAUGAGAACAGGUAUGAUGGAUACCGGCAUGAAGUGACGGGGAACAGAUCUGCUCAGAGGUCAACACUGAACGGGUUUGAGGCAGAAUCCAGAGCUGGGGCCUACGGCAAGAAACCUCUGGUGAAAACCAACUCAAGCAGCACUGAAAGCAGCCAUGGGAGCCAAGGGAGGCAAACAGGUCCUGGUUACCACCAUGACCUUCAGGGUUUGUCCACUUUUCAUACUUCAGAAGGGGGGGUUUGUGACAGGCCUCAUUUAGCACGGUCUUCCCAACCCAAGACUGAUAAAGAUCUUGCCUACUGGAGAAGACGAGGACAGGACUUCAGUGUGCUACUAGGCUAUUCCCAGAAAGCCACUGUGGAAAUGAAAAGCCUGGCUGCAGCCCCGGGGGCACCCCGGCACCCCAAGGAGAAUCAGCUGAAGGUGGGGACAGGUGCAGGGUAUGUCAGGCGAAGCGGCUUGCAGGAGAGCUGUGAAGUGCCCAGUGACUGCAAAUGGCAGAAUCUGGGAAUGGAAAGCUGGAACCAGCCAAAAAAGGUAGGGAGGCAAAUGUCCGAGGGUGACAGGGAGAAGCUGCUCCAAGAGCUGUAUUCACUGACCCUGGGAGACAACGUACUCAGCACCCACAGCAAGGGGAAAUCACAGUCAUUGCCGAGGGUCCUUUCACCUGAGAGCAUGAGGUGCGUGGAAAUACCCUCCCUGACCAACAGUAACAACUCGCUCAGUGUAACUAAAACUCCCUCCUAUUCCCCAAACAGACUGAGUGUGGAACCAGCCAAGCACCAUGGAACGGGAGGCCAUUUCCUUCCCCUGGUGAAACCCAAGUAUGGGAGACCUCUCAAGCCUCCAUCCUAUGAACUGCAGCGGCAGACUAGGGCACCUGCAGAGACCGUGGGUUUCCAGGACCACUACCAGAAAGAUGAACCCACCUCCUACUUAGCCAAAGUUAAUGAGCCAAGGCAAGAUGUUUGCAUUCCAGACUCUGGUUUGGAGCCCCCCGUGUAUGUACCUCCUCCUUCUUACAAAUCCCCACCUCACCAAACCGUGACCCCACGUUCCCCCAGUGAAGUGCCUAACGCCGACACGUGCGCCAGCAGCGAUCCACAGGGUGCUGCAGAGCGGGUCGUCCCCUGCCAACGACCAGCCAUGAAUACUUUUGAAGUGGUGGGUGACCCUUGCAAAGACAACCAUUUUCCUCAUGGGAAGCAAAGCCAUGCAAGGCGCCCUGCUGACCACCUGCGUUCUGUCCAGUACAUUCCCUUUGAUGAUCCUCGGAUACGACAUAUUAAAAUUGCACCACUGGAAGGUCUGCAGGACAACGCUAAAUACACUGAAAAUGCAUGUAGUCCCAGUUCUGGUGCUUUGCAAGAGAGAAAUCUUGAAGUACAGUACAACAGUGCCUUUGUGGAUGCAUCAAACUUGUCCAGUUCUGCAAAGGGAGAAAGAACUUCCUACAGCUCCACCCAUAGCAACAGAUGGUUGGCACCGUCCAUCCGAGAUCAGGAAAAUUGUGCCUUGCCGGACCAAAGAGACAAUUGUAGUGCAACUAAUCACAGCCCCCGUAACGAAGCCAGCACAGAGUACACGAAAGGCAAACUUUCUGUAAGAAAUUCACAUAUGGACAGCACCUGUGAGACUGUUACAAAAGUGAAAAAGUUUGAACCUGGAACUGGGAUGCAGAGCAAAAAGAGUUCAAAGAAAAAAAUGAAUGAAACUAUAUUUUGUUUGGUCUCUAUCCCAAUUAAAUCAGAAUCCAAUCUGCCAGAUACAGAUAGGAACAACAACAUAACCCAGAGCCCUGAUAAGAAUGGGUUUGAUAACAAUGGGGCUUUGCAAGAACAAAGUCUCUUAAGUAUGUCUUCAACGGACUUGGAGUUACAAGCGCUUACAGGAAGCAUGACCAAUAAAAAUGAGUUACAAAAACAAGAGCUGUGGAGACCAGAAGAGUUCAAACAAAUGAAUGACCUCAGGUUUAUUCAGCCUACAAAACACAGAGAGCUCAAAUAUUCUGGCUCCUGGCCAGGUGAUCAGUACAAAGACCAGCAAACACAGACCAGUUUCAGUGAAGAACCUGAAAGCCCACAAUUUUUACAUGGUACAAAGCCUGGGCAGCUUGAUAGUAGCAAUCUUCUGUCUCCAAAACGCCUGGGAUGUACAGCAUCCACGAUAGGGGCAAAACAGACAGGGUCACCUUCUGAAGAGAGAGGCUGCAGGCAGAGCAGUUAUGGUAUGAAGGGUCAGAUGUACCUCAGCCAGUCUAGCAACAGUGCAUUUUCCAGGACUGCCACCUCAGGCCUUCAGACUCCCUCCCCAAAAGCCCACCACAGCCAGCUUGUGCCUGCCCAGGAGAGGGAAAAUGGCCUUCUUUCCAAGGGAGAUGUAGUUAAGGGAGAACCAAGUGCUCCCUGCAACAGUAAAGAGCUGUUUGGGCAGUUCCUGUUGAAACCUGUAAGUCGUCGUCCAUGGGAUGCAAUAAGUGAGCUAGAAAGUUUUAACAAGGAGCUGCAAGGGCAGGAGGAGAGCACAAGCAGUGAAGAAGACUUGGAAAGUGCUGCAGCCUCUCUGCAGGCAGGUGCCCUUAUGCAGAGGAGGACAUCCAGAAAUGAGAAAUCAAACCAGGAGCCAAAACAUGGUGGGAAAUCAGAACUGGUUAUGCCAGAGGUGCCUGUAUUUAGGUCAGGAAGAGUUAAAAGUAAGUCUGAAAGUUGGAGUAUGGGGACAGAGCAUGGUGUUGAGCCAAGCUAUGUUGGCUCUAAAGGCUCCUCGCAUCCAGGAGGGAGCAGUGAAGGAGUCAGACCAGCAGAUGGAAGUCUGAUAACAGAAAUGGGGACAGGGGAAGCCAAGAGCAGCAUGAGCAAGCAACCAGUUCAUGUGGGCCCUGUCAAGAGAGCUUUGUCCAGUAGCUCAAGCAGUUCAUGUCACAGUAAUCCUUUCAAUAAUCCUGUCUUGCAGGAGAUGAGUGAAGACCAAAAUUACCUAGACUUUGUUAAACUGAGCAAAGGUGCAACUCCCACAAAUAAUACAGUAUUAGAGAGAGGCUCGGUAGUACAUUUGUCACUAACGAAGAGGAACCAAGGGUGCUCUGAGCCAGAUUUGAGGUCAGUGGGACUUGCUGUGGCCCCAGAACCUGGUGCUAACAACUCUGAUCACUCUUCAAAUGCAAAUGCAGUGGAAAUCCCCGUGAAUGAGUCAUUGCAGGCAAGAGCUGCAAGAAUUUUAGGUAUAGAUAUAGCAGUGGAGUCUCUCCUUCCAGAUGACCAUGUUGGGCCCCACCCGGGCACUAGUCCUGCAAAUGGGGCUCAGGACUUUGAGUCAUCGUCAGUGGAGAGCACAGUAAGUGACAAAGUAGGAAAAAAGGAGGAUUCUUAUGAAGGCAGACGAAAGUGUGGCUGGACAGAGAGUGCUCUCUUUGUCAGAGCUGGAGGACGAUCUUUACACCCUGAUGAAUGCCAGACCACUCACCAGGAAGCCAGUGCUAAAACACGGGUAACUGAGCAAGUUCUUGAAAAACCUGUGAGUCCCAGCCAAGGUGAGGACCAAAACUUGGUUUGCAAGUCACCUGUGUAUCAGCAUUCAGAAAAGAGAGUGAGAAGCACCUCGAAGGUGAUAGAGACACUUCAAGGCAAGCUCACCUCUCCUCCGAGCCGGACUGCCAUGGAUCGCUUAGUGCGGAUGAAAGAAGUUGACUCUGUGUCCCGGAUGAGACGUCUGAGCAUUAAGAGCGCAGACUCGGGAGAGGAGGUCGAUGAGGAGAAGCUGUCAAAGGUACAAGAGGAGAGAGGAAGCAAACUGGCAAGCUCAGGGGCUGUUUCCAAGCGUGUUAUCUCUCUCAGUGAAAAUGGAUGUUUGGGUGGAAUGGACAAGAAGAAGAUCAGCAGAGAUUUUUCUUUAGAUACCUAUGACCCCACCAAAGUUGAAAAGGUGUGACAUUAAUGAAGAGGAGAAUAGAGAGAUUUCUGCUCUACUAAGAAUGUUUCACUGAUUUUUUUUUCUGGGUGCUUUUUGUUUGGUUUUUGUUCUUUAAUGUUUGGAAAUUGUCUCCAUUUGUGAUGUUCAUGGUGUACUGACAAUGCCUUUACCACUGCCACUAGGAAUUAGCUAUUCAUAUCUGAAAAUGUUGCGGAGACCACAGAAAAAUCUGACUUCGACAUUGGAACCACCUGGCUUUGUAGCAUUUAAGACAAUACCUACCAUUGGCAAAGAGUUUUCAUCUGAACUGUAUUUCAGUCUUUAGCAGGGAUGGUGAAAUUUAUAAAGUGAAGUGUUACAUUAGUGUAAAUGUAAACAUGUGAGAUUAGUGAAAUGAUUUUUAAAAGAAUGUGAAUCUAUAAGCUAAACUUCUAAGUAUCUACAUUCUAAACUUUGUUUAACUCAAUGGAGUUUUGGCCAUAAGUAGAAAGUGCUGCUGCACUAUGUAGGGGAAGGAAUGUGAAAGAGUAGCAAGGACUGAUUUUGAAAUUAUUUCUGACUUCCAGAGUUUGAAUUUACUUGGAUUAAAUACUUGCCACCUAGAGAGAAGAAAAACAAAAACCCAAAAGCUUCUAAAAGAUGGAAGACUUUUGUAGUACAGUGUACAGAACAUGUAAUUAUAGUAGCUGGCAACUAGUGUUUCAAACCAAUGCAAAGUAUACCACUGGCUGUUUUGCACUCAGUAUUACCUAUUUUUGUUUUGCUGUUUAGAAAUUCUUUAUAUGAAAGAAUAGUAGCUGGUUUAAAAUAGCCCAUUUUAACAAAGUAACUAUAUUUCUUGUUACAGAAUACUAUCUAUUUUUCUACGAUGUAAACAAUUGCUAACAAGUGGCAAGUAUAAAGAAGUAUUAUUAUUAUUAUAAUUAUAUUUUAAGAAGACUUAUUCCUCUGAGUGAAGGUGCCCCAAGCAGAUUUCACUUGUUUAUCUUAAUGCACACACCAUAUUGCCACCUACUCAGUAGUCCUACCUUAUUUUGUUCUGAAAAAGCCAUCUAUCUAUGUAUGUAUGUCCUACAGGGUUAAUUUCUAUUUUUUCCCACUCAAUCCUUGGAUCGUUCUUGGAACCACUUUCUGAAACACAGCUGAGAACUGUCUAGGCUGGUGUUGCUGACAUUCCAUUCCUGGGACAUUCAUUACCAAAAAGUGAGUUUGGAUCUUUGUCCCAGUGUCACUGAAUGGCUCAGAUAAAAUACCUGCUUUCUUUCUUAUACUUUGUUCCCUUUUGCAGAUUAUGAGUUUGGAUAUGGCCAGUGUACAAAAAUAAGCAAAACUGGGUUUAAUUCUUCCCUGAAGUCAACAGUGUUGCUGGGGAGAAGUUCAGGUGUCUUCUUGAUGGCAUUUAAAUACAUGGCUUUAAAUAUAUUUUAUCUGCACACACAAAUGCAUGAAUGACAGAAUUUAUAAUAAAGCCUGUGCAUUCUGCCCUUUGAUCCUGAAUUAGCCUGCUUAGUAUCUGUGUCUUAAAAGCCUUUAUGUCCAUUCCUGUAUGGUUUUUUUGGUAAGUACAUGUGUACUAACAUUGUUCUGAUGACUUGUUCAUGUACUUCACCAGUCUAUUCUACUGGCGUUUUCUGGUUUCUAGCAUAAUUUUAUUUUUUAAAGUCUUCUAAUUUCAUGAAAUAUUUUUUUCCUAAGUCUGUAAUUUGGAAAGAACGAUGGGGAAAAACAUUCAUCCUGUGUUUUGGCAGCAAGAAUUUCUUGUCUGUAACACAUGAUUCUGUUACAUAUGGACUAUUUAAAGCUUGCUUGAAAGGAAAA